AUUUCUACAAUAAUACCUUACGGACCAAUGUCGCAUUCACAGCAAUACCCAUCGCUUCCUCGCGAGACCACCCUCGCCCAACUACCUGCCGAGUACCCUAUAGACACGCAAGACCAAAUUGCCCAGAUUCUCGCAACCUCCUCCAUCAAUCGCCUUGUGGUCCUAGACGAUGACCCAACAGGCACGCAAACCUGCCACGACAUCAACGUCCUCGCCGUAUGGGAUAUCCCAACUCUAGUAACAGAAUUCAAAACCAAUUCAGCCGGCUUCUUCAUCUUAACCAACUCGCGUGCCCUCCCACCCGCAGAAGCCGAGACUCUCAUCGAAACUAUAUGCACCAACGUUUCCGCCGCAGCAAAGUCCACAGGAAAUAAAGUGGACAUCGUACUCCGAAGUGACAGUACUCUCCGUGGACAUUUCCCCUUAGAGCCAGAUGUCGCACAGAAAGUCUUCGAUCCUGCAGAUGCUCUCGUUCUCGCACCAUUCUUCUUCCAGGGUGGAAGGUUCACCAUUAACGAUGUGCACUAUGUUGCAGAGGGUGAUCAACUUGUUCCAGCUGGAGAAACGCAGUUUGCGAAAGAUGCAACAUUCGGAUACAAGGCCUCGAAUCUACGGGAUUACAUUAAAGAAAAAGCACCGGGUCGAUUCUCCGAUUCGCAAUUACAUUCUGUGACUAUUAAUGAGAUCAGAGAAGGUGGUCCUGAUACUGUAUGUGAGAAGUUACUUGCUGCACCAGCCGGUGGAGUCAUUAUUGUCAAUGCAGCGGCGGAAUCAGAUAUGCAUGUCUUCGUCGCUGGGUUACUACUUGCCGAGAUUAAGGGGAAACACUUCCUCUAUCGAACAGGUGCAGCCUUCGUCUCAACAAGACUAGCCAUCCGCUCCAAAGCCCCCAUAACCGCAACACAACUAAAUCUUCCUUCACCUCGACAAACAGGUGGACUCAUCGUCGCAGGCUCUUACGUACCGAAAACAACGGCUCAACUUAAGGUUCUAACAGAUCGCCGUGGAACAACAGGUCAGCUCGCUAUAAUCGAGAUCAAGGUCGAAGACCUCGUCGCCUCUCCAGAGACAGCUGCGGAGACAGUGGCGCGUGUGGUUCACGAAACGGAAACAUAUCUCGCGGCUGGAAAGGAUACGUUGGUUAUGACUAGUCGGAAAUUGAUUACAGGGGCGGAUGGGCUUUCCUCGUUGAAGAUUGGGUCUGUUGUUGCUGAGGCGCUGGUUAGCGUUUUGCAGAGAAUUGAGGUUCGACCUAGAUAUGUCAUUGCUAAGGGUGGUAUUACCUCGUCCGAUGCUGCUACAAAAGGGUUGAAUAUUAAGCGUGCGUUGAUUGUUGGCCAGGCUUCUCCUGGUGUCCCCUUAUGGAGAUGUGAUGAGUCUACGUCUCGUCAUCGCGGCGUGCCUUUUGUUGUGUUCCCUGGUAAUGUGGGUGGAGAGGCGACGUUGUGUAGAUUAGUUGAAGGAUGGAGUUAG